AUGGCUACCUGGAAAGAGCUUGAGCUUGAUUCAAUGUCAAAAGUACACCGUGAAACUCUCUCCUCUGCUACUCAUGACAGUGGCUGUGGCUCGCUGUGUCUGACUGACAAGAACGAAACGGCCAUCCAUCAUAUUAACCCUGAAGUCGAAAGUCCUUAUACUCGCCCCCUGGUGUGGUUUAAAGUGAGAGAGUACUGCCAUGAGGCGUUCUCAGAGUUCUUUGGGACGAUGAUCCUGAUUUUAUUUGGGGACGGGGUCGUUGCUCAGGUACUACUCAGUCAUGGCCAGAAGGGUGACUACCAAUCUAUCUCUUGGGGAUGGGGACUCGGCGUCAUGCUCGGAGUAUACGCCAGCGGGGCAUCAGGAGGCCACAUCAACCCGGCCGUGACAUUUGCAAACUGCGUCCUCCGCGGCUUUCCCUGGCGCAAAUUUCCCGUGUACGCACUAGCGCAGAUCCUCGGCGCAAUGUGCGGUGCGGCCAUUGUGUACGGCAACUAUAAGUCAGCCAUCAACGUCUACGAGGGCGGGCCAAAUAUCCGCACAGUCCCCGGCUACUCGACGACAGCAACAGGCGGCAUCUUCUGCACCUACCCAGCAGAAUUCAUGACAAAAGCGGGACAGUUCUUCUCGGAGUUCCUUGCCAGUGCGGGCGCCGGGACGCUGACACCUCUGGCGCUAUUCUUCGUUGUCUUUGGCAUUGGCGCGUGCUUUGGAUGGGAGACUGGAUAUGCUAUUAACCUGGCACGGGACUUUGGGCCUCGGCUGACAUCCUACAUGAUUGGAUAUGGGCAUGAAGUAUGGGCUGCAGGGGGCUAUUACUUCUGGAUUCCUAUGGUUGCACCAAUAUUAGGUUGCACAUUCGGGGGGCUGCUAUACGAUCUAUUCCUAUAUACUGGGAUGGAUAGCCCAAUCAACACACCCUGGAUGGGAAUCAAGACGCUGCGUGGACCCUUUGGCCGAAGGCGAGUCGCAUUGCAGAGUCCAGUCUGA